UGGUUUCAUUGAUAACAGCAAGGGGGAACACAGGGCGGUUACGACGUUGUUGUUUUUGCGAUAAAACCCGACAAAAAAGCAACAUCGUUACGCUAUAGCUACAUUGGUUUCAACUAAGAAAGGCAAAACUAAUUUAAAAGGACAUUGUCACACUUCAUUACAUAGCGCAUAAAGGAAAAUGGCUCUCAGGAGGAUUACUCAAGAAACAUUUGAUGAUGCAGUGAGGGAAAACAUCGAUGAGUUUGACAUGGAUCCUGGCGAGGCUUUAAGGGAAGCUGUGGAGCAGUUUCAGUCUCAAGGUGUGGACCUCAGUUGUAUUGUAAAAGCUGUACCUGCUGCGCCAUCUGAUGACAAACAACAGGAGCAAACGCAUGAGAUCUUACAGGCCCUGGAGUCCCUCUGUAUUGCACAAGACUCUCCUGACUCUACAAAAGUUGCGGUUGAUAUAAAAUGUUUUGCUGAGCAGUGUUCACUUGGAUUCGCUCAAAGGUACCUGGCGGCCCAGAAAGGCGCAUAUCCAAUCAUCCUCUCCUACUGCCAAAAGAGCUUGGGAGAGCAGGAAGCCUUGUUGGCCGCUCUGUCCGCUUUGGCUGCACUGACCGAUGGACAGCCAGACUUGUUAGAUGCAGACGGCAAGCACUUUGUCUUGGAUGUCCUCGAAAGGUACCAGGCCGAUUCUUCUGUUACACUAGCUGCCAUCUCCACUGUGCGUCACUGUUGUUUGAAACACGAACAGAACAGACAGGAUUUGGUCAAAGCGUGCGUCCUGCCUCUACUGACUAACGCCAUUAAACAGCACGGCGGAUGUGCCGAGGUGGUCAAGGAAGCCUCUGGAGCUCUCAGGGUUAUGACUUUUGAUGACGAUGUCCGGGUUACGUUCGGGCAAGCUCAUGAGCAUGCAAAGAUGAUUGUUCUUCAGCACAAUGGCCUGAAGGUCUUGAUUGAGUCUGCAAAAGUUCACAAUGACAAUACCUCUGUUUUGAGUGAUCUGUGCGCGACCUUGUCCCGUUUGGCCGUAAGAAACGAGUUCUGCCAAGACAUUUGUGACCUGGGUGGAUUGAAGCUCAUGAUGACAUUGCUUGCAGACAACUAUGAGUCAGCGGAGUUGGUGCGGCAGAUCCUAAGUGCAAUACGAGCCGUUGCUGGAAAUGAUGACGUGAAAGAUGCUGUUGUUAAAGCGGGUGGAGUGCAGCUCAUUGUCAUCGCCUUGAACAGACACAUGACAAUAUCUGCUGUGUGUGAGCAGGGCUGUGUAUGCCUUUCUGUCCUUGCUUUACGAAAACCUAACAACUGCAAGGUCAUCAUGGAGGAAGGAGGAGCUUUAGCAGCUGUGCAGGCUAUGAAGGCUCAUCCUGGUGUUGUUAAUGUCCAGAAACAGGCAUGCAUGCUGCUGAGAAACCUGGUGUCACAUCAGCCCAACUACAGCCAACCAAUUCUGGAGAUGGGAGUGGAGGCCCUCAUAUCGCAAGCGCUACGGACCCAUCAAGACUGCGGCGAUGCUGCCAAAGCGGCCCUGAGGGAUCUGGGCUGCCAGGUAGAGCUACGAGAGCUGUGGACCGGCAAACGUGGUGGCAUCACCAACUGAAGCUGGAGGAGAGUGGCAAUGAAAGUUUUUUUUUAUGGUGAGGUUAUGCUGAAAUGUUUUCUGUGAAACAAAAUGCAAUCUGAGGGAAUGAGAUGCAUAUGCUGAUGAGAAUGCUGUGUCAGCAUUAUGUUUUGGGGGGGGGCGAAGACUGUUGAUAAGUGUUACAAGGAAUGUUCCUUUUCAGAUUCCUCUAUUGGGUUCAUAUUUGAUCCUUGAGAUAGUAAUAAGGUGGCUUACUUCAAUUUCGAAGUUGCCAAAGGUCAUACAUGUGAAAAUACAUGUCAUGCUGACUGUAUUUUAAUUUCACCAAACAAUUCUGUAAUCAAUUCAGUGUAGGCUUAGUCUGAAAAGGCCAUGAUAGUCUUUUGCAUGUUUUAUUUUCACUUGAUAUUUGUUUAAAAUAAUUAUUUUUUUCGGUAUUAUACACUGAUGCAAGGCACAUGAAUUUUCCACCACACAGAUUACAUAGUUUUUAAACACUCUUCUAGGCUAAUGUUUCCCAACCUUUAUUGAGCCAAGGGACAUAUUUUACUGUAGAAAAAUCUCACGGCACACCAAACAAAAGUGUCACAAAAAGUAUAUUCACUGAAAUAAGGAUAAUCUGGGGUUGGUUAGCACAUCUGCCUCACAGUUUUGAGGACCAGGGUUCAAAUCCGUGCCCCGCCUGUGUGGAGUUUGCAUGUUCUCCCCGUGCCUGUGUGGAUUUUCUCCGGUCACUCCAACAUCCCAAAAACAUGCAUGGUAGGUUGAUUGGAGACUCUAAAUUGCCCUUAGGUGUGACUCUGUGUGCAAAUGGUUGUUUGUUUCUGUGUGCCCUGCGAUUGGCUGGCAACCAGUUCAGGGGUGUACCCCGCCUCUCACCCCAAGGUUGUUGGGAUUGGCCCCAGCACGCCUGCGACCCUAGUGAGGAUAAGCGGAACGGAAGAUGAAUGAAUGGUGUCAAUGUACUCACAAAUUAACCCAAUGUGAAAUCUGGUUCCGUUUAGUUGAACACAAAGCUAUUUUUCUGUUCUAUAAAUGGUAACAGAUAGAUACGUAGAUUAAUUGUACCUUCUCCCAUCUACUGGAAUAAAUUUUUUAUGCAUGUCACUAUGUUGCUGGCAUAGAUAAAUGAACAAAGCUACAUUAUUUGUUGUAAAUAAAUAAUUUUUGGACCAUUGAUUCAGCACAGUGGUAGGGAAUCACUACACUAGGUUUAUAAUAAGUGAUUGAUAAUUUAAUCUUUUAAUUAUUAAUUUUGAUGCUUUAAUGGUUUGAUAUAAGUCUUCUGUCAAAAUUCAUUUAUAUGAAUGUUCCUGUACUUUCAGUCUCUUAUUUGUGGAUGGAGUUUGCUUGAUGCCUUGGAAAUGUGAUGUGUAAGAGAAAGUGAAUAAACUCAACCAAAUGUACA